GGCGCGAAAAAGUUCCAGAGUCGGCGCGGGGCAGAGCAGGACACUCACGCGGAGCCUCAGUACUUUAUUUUUAUUUAUCUGUCGAAGGAUUUUAUUAUUGUAAUUAUUAUUAUUACAUUUCAGACAGAUUGUAUAAAAUGGCUGCCGAAGUUGUGGAUGAUCAUGAGAUGAGGGAAGCUCAGAGAGAUUACCUGGAUUUCCUCGAUGAUGAUCAGGAUCAGGGGAUCUAUCAGAGUAAAGUCCGGGACAUGAUCAGUGAGAAUAAAUUCCGCCUCAUCGUCAACAUCAACGACCUGCGGCGCCGCAACGAAGCACGCGCUGCUAAACUGCUGAACAACUCUUUCAACGAGCUCCUGGCCUUCCAGCGUGCUCUGAAGGAUUUGGUUGCGUCUGUUGAUGCCACCUACGCCAAGCAGUUUGAGGAGUUUUUCAUCGGGCUGGAGGGCAGCUUCGGGAGCAAACACGUCACACCUCGUACCCUCACCUCCCGCCUGCUGGGCUCCAUGGUGUGUGUGGAGGGCAUCAUAACUAAAUGCUCUCUUGUGCGUCCCAAGGUAGUACGCAGUGUCCAUUAUUGCCCAGCCACCAAGAAGACCUUAGAGCGUAAAUACACAGACAUGACCUCACUGGAUGCCUUCCCUUCCAGCUCCAUCUACCCAACAAAGGAUGAAGAGAACAACCCCCUGGAGACCGAGUUUGGUCUGUCUAUCUAUAAAGACCAUCAAACCAUCACAGUUCAGGAGAUGCCCGAGAAGGCUCCAGCUGGACAGCUGCCCCGCUCUGUGGACAUCAUCCUGGACAACGACCUGGUGGACGCUGCAAAACCUGGAGAUCGUGUGCAAAUCAUUGGGACCUACCGUUGCCUGCCGGGCAAGAAGGGCGGCUUCACCUCUGGCACCUUCAGGACCAUUAUGAUAGCUUGCCAAGUGAAGCAGAUGAGCAAAGAGGUCACUCCGUACUUCUCUGCUGAUGAUGUGGUGAAGAUCAAGAACUUCAGCAAAUCUCGCACUAAGAAUGUGUUUGACCAGUUGGCUCGCUCGUUGGCUCCCAGUAUCCACGGUCAUGAGUACAUCAAGAAGGCCAUCCUGUGUAUGCUGCUGGGUGGAGUAGAGAAGGUUCUGGAGAAUGGAUCACGCCUCCGUGGAGACAUCAAUGUCCUCCUCAUAGGCGAUCCCUCUGUAGCAAAGUCACAGCUGCUGCGCUACGUGCUGCAUACAGCCCCUCGCGCCAUUCCCACCACAGGCCGCGGCUCAUCAGGUGUUGGUCUCACUGCAGCCGUCACCACUGACCAGGAGACAGGUGAGCGGCGACUGGAGGCUGGUGCCAUGGUGCUGGCUGACCGAGGCGUGGUCUGCAUUGACGAAUUCGACAAAAUGUCCGACAUGGACCGCACUGCGAUCCACGAGGUCAUGGAGCAGGGGCGUGUCACUAUCGCCAAGGCGGGGAUUCAUGCUCGUCUGAACGCCCGCUGUAGCGUCCUGGCAGCUGCCAACCCUGUGUAUGGGCGGUAUGAUCAGUAUAAGACCCCCAUGGAGAACAUCGGGCUGCAGGACUCUCUGCUGUCUCGUUUCGAUUUGCUCUUCAUCAUGUUGGAUCAGAUGGACCCUGAGCAGGAUCGUGAGAUUUCGGACCAUGUUCUGCGCAUGCACCGCUACCGGGAUCCUCGCGAGCAAGAAGGAACAGCGAUGGCUCUGGGUGGUACAGUGGAUGUGUUGGCCACCGAGGACCCCGAUGUGGUGCGGGAGGAAGAGGAGGAGCUUCAGGUGUAUGAGAAACAUAACCAUCUUCUCCAUGGCAACCGGAGACAAAGGGAUCGGGUGCUGAGCAAAGAGUUCAUGAGGAAGUACAUCCAUGUUGCCAAGGUGAUUAAUCCCGUAUUGACCCAAGAAGCAGCCAAUCACAUCGCAGAGGAAUACACAAGACUGCGCAACCAGGAGCAGCUGGGCUCGGACAUUGCGCGGACCUCCCCAGUGACGGUCAGGACUCUGGAGACUCUGAUCCGUCUGGCCACGGCACAUGCCAAGGCUCGCAUGAGCAAAUCUGUGGAGCUGGAGGACACUGAGGUGGCCGUGGAGCUGGUUCAGUUCGCCUACUUUAAAAAGGUCCUGGAGAAGGAGAAGAAGCGUACCAGACAUGGAGAGCGUGAUGCAGCCUCUGAUGAUGAUGAAGAGGAGGAUGAGGAAGAUCAGGGCACCCCCAGACAACAAAGAAAGAGGAGGCGCCGUUCGACUGAGCGCCGGCCGUCACAGGGCAGUGAAACGUACGACCCUUAUGACUUCACCACCGAGGUGGACAUACCUCAGAUCCAAUCUCCAGCUUCCGCAAGACCCAGUGAGGAGCCCAUGGAGACGUCGCAGAACGGCCACUCAGAGCUGUCAGCGGACAGGAUGAAGGAGUUCAAAGCCGCCUUGCUGGAAGUCUUCCGAGCCGCACAUGCUCAGUCUGUGGGCAUGAACGCUCUGAUGGGAGAGGUCAACAAGGAGCGCUCGGCUCCGUUCGAGAAGGCCGAGGUCCAGGCCGCUCUCGCACGGAUGCAAGACGACAACCAAGUCAUGGUAGCUGAUGACAUCAUCUUCCUCAUCUAAACAGGAUGGGAAGGAGAGAAUGGAGGAAAUGAAAACACUGCAGAGUGUGGACUUUUAUUGCAGAUGUGCAUUCGGACAUGGACGCUUUUACUCCUUUGUAAUACACGCAUAUCUAUGCAUAGUUUUAUUUCUUUUAAAUCGUACCCUACUUUGUGCUGAAGUGUGUUCAUUGUUGUUGUUUUAUCUGCUUUUAAACAAAAAAAAAAUCAGUUAUUUUCAUUAAACGGUGACGUGUGUGUGUGUGUGUGUGUGUUUGUAUAUAUUGUUACAAAAGAAGGUAAUGUUUCAGUUCAAUGGAAAAAUAAAUGAGCGGUCACCUGA